GAAACCGUCACAUGCAUGUAUAAAAGGGAAAAUAGAUGCGAACCGUACUUAGUUUAUGCUCCUCAGUGCUUGUUUUUAAGGAUUAUACUAACAGGAUGCGAAAUACCUUCCCCUUGGUUUUAAUUUUGGUAGUAACAACUUUUAUUCCUGAUGUUAGCCCUCAAAAGCAUGCCUUAUUUGUCAGAAAGGACGCAGUUAGAAAUGGUAAACGGGUUACCAGACAAACUAGUGCAGAUCAAAUGGUUCAAAAUAUCCUUCAAUGGCUUCAGGAGGUGUACAACUAUAACACAAGAAAAAUUCGUCAAGGAUCUUUAAGAGAAUAUCUACCUCCCGUUCACACUCAAAAACCUCGACCGUUCGAACCACCUAAGCCAACAGAAGGUGGAUAUCCAGCAGCAGGAAGUAUCACUCCUCAACCACCGUUUUCCGAAAAUCCAUCUCCAGGGACGGAAAUAUCUCCUCCUUACCCAGGUACAAACUCUCCUUCAAGUACUGCACCUCCAGAAGGUCCAUCAACAGGAUAUCCCAGUGGUGGGCCAUCAACCGGUUACCCUAGUGGAGGUUCGUCCACUGGGUACCCUAGUAUAGGGUCAACAGAAGGUUCAACAGUGGGAUAUCCGAGUGGAGAAGAAUCAUCGGAAUCUGCCAGCACAUCUGGAAGUGCAUCUCAACCGAGCACAACCGAAGCUACUUCGCCUUCUGCACCGUCUCAACCGAGCACCACGGAAGGGGGUCCUGAAGAAGCAAGUGGUUCUACAUCUACUUCUCAACCUCAGGAAUCAUCUACACCAUCUCCAGACGAAAACUCCAUUCCCAGCGAAAGUUCUGAAAAACCUAGUGUUGAUGGCGGCGAAGAUUCAGACAAACAUCCUCCACAUAUACACAAUAUUGACGUAGAAUGUUCCAAAGAAAUGAUGACAAUAAAUAUAGAAUUCAACAGAGAAUUCAAUGGUAUCAUUUACUCCAAAGGUUAUUACAACAACCCUGAUUGUAGAUAUGUACAGGAAAAUUCUGGACAAACUACCUACUCUUUCACUGUAAAUUUAAAUUCUUGCGGAACUGAAUUUGUAAAUGGCUUUGAUACUCAAGGACAAUCUUACCUAGAAAACGUUCUUGUUUUACAAAAUGAGGCUGGAAUACAAGAAGUAUGGGACACGAUAAGAGCUGUUCGAUGCCUUUGGGAAGGAAAUCUUAAAAAGGCACUUAACUUAACUUUAAGCGUUGGUAUGCUUAAUCAAGAAAUAGUCACAUUUAGUGGAGAUACAGCUAUGGCCAGACUAGAUAUACAAAUGGGUAAGGGCCCAUUUGCCCCGCCUGCCAAUGGACUGAUUAAAAUUGGGGAAGUUAUGACCCUUGUCGUAUCAGUGACAGGAGAUCCAGGCUUUGAUAUUCAAGUUAAAGAUUGCAGAGCCAUAGAUUCAUCAGGAGAAAAUGCAGUAGGUCUUACUGAUGAACAAGGUUGCGUUUUGAAGCCAAAAUUGUUUGGAGCUUUUCAGAAAACAAGAAACACUGGAGAUAGUGGAGCUUCUAUUAUAGCUUACGCUUUUUUUAAUGCCUUCAAAUUUCCGGAUGUUAUGGAUCUUACAAUCGAAUGUAACGUAGAUCUAUGUAAAACAGAUUGUGAAAUGUGUCCAGAUCCUAAUCAAAAACUAGAACCAGGAAGAAGAAAGCGUGACUUACAUUACUAUCAGAAUAGAACAGAGAACGAUGAAUCGGUUAAGAUUGGCAAAACAUUGAGAGUCAUUUUUCCAGAAGAGUUGGGUGACAAUAGCUCCUUACUUAAUAUUCGAUAUAACGAAGGUAUUUGCCUGACAACUCACAGUUUCUUUAUAGCUUCCUCUCUAUUAAUAUCUCUGCUGUGUUGUAGUUGUUUGUUUAGUGCUUUUAUUUGGAUCAAAUACCAUCAAAUUUCUCGUAAACUAUAGGAAAUAAGUAAUAGUCAUUUAUUUAAAUUUUUUAUGUAAUGUUCUUAUAUAAUUUCCUGCCAGUACUUCUAAAAAAGACUACAAUAAUUAAAUUUGUAAAUAAUAUAAUUUUAAAAUAAACUUGUAAUAUGUACCUA